AUGGCUGCAGCAAGCGACCAAAGCAACGAGAGGUGCCACUACCAAGAGUGGAUGCACCUCCAAGAGGAGGAGCUAUCCGAGCUCACCCAAGCAGCAGCAGCAGCAGCAGCGUGCGCCGCCAACGACGCCGAGCUGAGCCGCCUCGUAGACAAAGUAAUCCGCCACUUCGAGGAGUACACGCGUCAGCGCCACGUCAUGGCCCUGGCCGACGUGUCGCCCUACUACGCCCCCACGUGGUGCACCUCCUUAGAGCGGUCCGUCCUCUGGAUCGGCGGCUGCCGCCCCUCCUCCUACAUCCGCCUCAUCUACGCCCUCUGCGGCCUCGACCUCGAGUCCCACCUCUCCGACUUCCUCACCGGCGAGAGCAGCUUGGGGCAGCUCUCGCCGCGCCAGCUAGUCUCUGUCGACGGGCUCCACCAGCGGACCAUCCGCGAGGAGAGGGCCCUGUCGACGAAGCUGGCGACGCUGCAGGAGGAUCUGUUGGACAAUCCGAUUGCGGCGAUGGUUGUGGCGGGGGAGGAAGGGGAUGUGGAGGGGGCGCUGGAUAAGCACGGGAGGGAGAUGGCGGGGGUUAUGGGGGAGGCGGAUGGGCUGAGGGUGGGGACGGUGAAGGAGAUAGUGAGGAUCCUGACGCCGAGGCAGGCGGUGGAAUUUCUGGCGGCGGGGAAGAAGCUGCGCCUCUGCAUGAGGGAAUGGGGGAAGAAGAGAGACCUUGAUCAUGGUAGACUAAUUAAUUAAUUUUCACAUUCUAAUUUUCCGCCUCUAUUAUUAUGUUAUGUAUAUUUCGUCUACUUCUUCUACUGCAUAUUAAUAUUGCUCAUCUUCUUCUUUUUAAUUGCAGUACUUCAAAUUAAAACUCAAAAAGAAU